GUCUCCACCCCUUAAAAACCCCCACCCUUCCAAGGCCCUGCCUCCAAUCCAUCCAAAAACCCCUUGAUACCUGAAGCUUCCUUUGCCACUAUCUCAAACCCAACAAACCAUGUCGCUCCAAUGCCACCACCAUUCUCCUACUUUCCCUUUUUGCUUUAGACCUUGCGCCAACGCUGACAACAACUUCUUAGCACCUCCUCCACCGCCGCCACCGCCGCCUCCGCCACCACAAUCCUCAGGUAAAACGAAUCUUGCUACGAGUCUCUACCGCACAAAUCUAGGCCUUUUUUCCCUUACUUGGUCCCGCUCCUUCCUUGGUCACUCCCUCCAUCUCCACCUCCAUCCUGCCUCUCACUAUUCUCCCUCUUCUCCGCUCUCUCUCCCUGCCUCCCUUUCCUUCUCCACCCUCCACUUUCAUCUGCAUAUCAAACCUUUUAUUUUUUGGAAGAAACAUGGACAUAAGAAACUCAGCAGCGCCACAGUCCCUAAUGUUCAAGUCUUCUGGGACUUCUCCAGAGCUAAGUUCAGAUCCGGGUCUGAGCCCGACUCUGGAUUCUAUAUUGCUAUUGUUGUUGAUGGAGAAAUGACGCUUCUCGUUGGUGAUUCUGCCAAGGAAGCUUAUGCCAGAGCUAGAGCUCAAAGGCCCGGGAAAAGCCAAUCUCUCGUUUUGAGAAGAGAACACGUACUUGGCAAUAAAGUGUACAACACAAAAGCCAGGUUUGGAGGCAGAAACAGGGAAAUUUCCAUUGAAUUUAAGGCCAACGAGGAUGGAAAGCUAUGUUUUAGCGUUGAUAACAAUAGGGUAUUACAAAUAAAGCGACUUAAGUGGAAAUUUCGAGGCAACGAACGGAUUGAAGUAGAUGGCGUCUCAAUACAAGUCUCCUGGGACGUGUAUAACUGGUUGUUUGAUCAAGAUUUGGACAAUGGGCAUGCUGUUUUCAUGUUCAAGUUUGAGAACGAAGGCUCUGAAAUUCUUGAAGGUGAUUAUCAGCAAGACGGGGUUGAAGAGGUAGUCGGUCCUUUCAACGAGAAGAAUGGGGUCGUCUUGUGGCAGCAAAGUUCAUGUAAUUUUGGCGUGAAUGGAAUCGAAUGGAAAAAGAUGAGGAAAAGCUUCUUGCGAACUGCAAGAAGCUCAUCCUCUUCUUCCAUUUCGAUGUCUUCAGCUUCAUCAGCAGGCAGCUCUUCCGUAAUGGAGUGGGCAAGCGUGGAGGAGAGCGAGUUAAGUGCUCCUACUGGCUUCUCAUUGCUUGUCUAUGCGUGGAAAAAGUGAAGGAUUUUUCCUUGUCCUGAUGCUCUCCUACAUUACUUUUAAUCUUUUGUUGAUAAUGUCGCUAUUUGAUUCCUCACUAACCCCAUUUGUUCUUGAACAUAGUAGAAUAAGAAGAUUGUUACAACAGGAGAACAAAAUUACAAAGAGAGAGAGAUUUAUACAUAGAUAGAUCUAAUCCUUUCCCCCUUGUGUUCUCGAAAGAGAUUAAUAUGUUUACGUGCUUCUAUAUGGAAAUUAUUGCGAUUGUUAGUUUUGUUGGAGCCCCUGGUUGUAAUCUGUACAUGCAGAUUCAAUGAGCAGAAGCUGUUGUUUCUUAA